AGAAAUGUCCAAAGGGGAGGGUUCAGCCAUGUGACGUGUGAAAUACCAAAGAGGCAGCCUGGAGGGUGUCUCUGAUGCCAAGUAGUAAACUUCAGAGAGAAAGGAAGAGGGAAUGUAAGCAAACCUCAGGGAAUGCUGAGCUCCAGGGCUGGCAAUUAAUAAAACACAGAAGCUGAAUGAACCACGCAGUGAAGAAGUCUGGGAUUUCUAUACAUCUGCCUAAAGAAACCUACGCUGAAGGAAGUGAAUGCUUGGCCACAGGCUGGAAAGAGCAGAAGCGGCUCUGGAGUUUCUUUUCCUUGCCCACAUGUGUGGUUGCCUCUCCUUGCUGUGCCUCACAGGCACUCUGCUGGGACAUCCUGAGUGUCUGGAUUAUGGGCCGCCUUUCCAGCCCCCUUUGCCCUUGGAGUUCUGCUCUGCCUAUGAAAACUUUGUCUGCUAUGACCAGGAGAGAGACAACAGCAUUGCAGCAAAAUACUGGGACAUCAUGGAUUACAUGGAUCCCCAGGGGCAUAAACUGUGUGGAACAUACAUCAAAGAUAUCCUGUGUCAGGAAUGCUCUCCAUAUGCUGCACAUCUCUGUGAUGCAGAAAACCCUUGGACCCCUCUAAGAAGCCUGCCAGGACUUUGUUUCGACUACUGCUCUGAGCUUCACCUCAGCUGCUACUCUGCCAUCUGCCUGCUGACCGGUGACAAGCACAUCCAGGAGUGCUGCGAGACGAACAGGAGCCGCUUCUGCCACCUCCUGCAGCUCCAGGAUGAGGAUAACUGCUUCCCCCAGGUGCUGCAGAACUCGGCCCUGAGCCGCAGCUUGGGCUCGGUGCUGGAGGAGCGUGGGGGCUGUGUCCAGCUGCGCCUGGCCGAGGUUGCCAAUGGCCUGAGGAACCCAGUGCUGAUGGCCCACGCCGCUGACCAGACCCACAGCGCCUUUGUACCCAGGCAGCUGGGCCUUGUCUGGGUCUACUUGGAUGGCAGCCAGCUGGAGGAGCCAUUCCUGGAUAUUCAGAGGAUAGUGCAGGCUACCCCAUGGCUGGGGGAUGAGAAGGGCUUCCUGGGGAUGGCUUUCCACCCCAAGCAUAAGGACAACAGGAAGUUUUAGAUCUAUUACUCAUGUAGAUAAGAACUGAGUGGAAAAGAUCAGGAUCAGUGUAUUGAAGGCUUUGGUAUCUGAUCCAACAAAGCUGAUCCAUGUUCUGAACGGAAUCUCCUGGAGCUUGAGGAACCAGCUGCAAAUCAGCUGCUCUUUGGUGUGGAUGGCUAUUUGUAUGUAUUCACAGGGGAUGGAGGGAAAGCUGGAGACCCUUUUGGAAAAUUUGGGAAUGCUCAGAACAAGUGUACUUUGUUGGGGAAAGCGUUGAGGACUGAUGUGGAUGGAAGAAGCCCUGAUGGGAAGCGUUACUGCAGCCCUCCUCAUAAUCCAUUCGUGUCUGAUCCCAAAGCCCGCCCAGAGGUUUAUGCCUACGGGGUCAGGAAUAUGUGCUGCUGUGCAGUGGACAGAGGGGACCCUGUCCCAAAAGAGGGGACAGGGAGGAUAUUCUGUGGGGAUGUUCGGCAGAACAGGUUUGAGGAAAUUGACCUCAUUGUUAAAGGAGGGAACUAUGGCUGGAGAGCAAAGGAGAGGUUUGAAUGCUAUGACACAAAGCUUUGCCACAAUUCCUCCUUGGAUAAGGAAAAACUUUCUUAUGACAUUCUGCCAAUAUUUGCAUAUGGCUGCAGUGUGGGCAAGUCAGUUACUGGAGGCUUUGUCUACAGGGGAUGUGAAUCACUCAACUUGAAUGGCCUUUAUAUUUUUGGUGAUUUCAUGAACUGUGGAAGUCGACUUAUGGCUUUACAGGAAGAUGAGAAGACAAAUAAGUGGAAGAAGCAGGAUAUCUGCAUUGGCAGCACAACAGCUUAUGCUUUCCCUGGAAUGAUCAGCUCCUACAGCAAAUUCAUCAUCUCAUUUACUGAGGAUGAAGCAGGUAGGUGAGCUGUAUUUUAUGUCUAUUCUUAUCCCAGUGCCUAUGCACCACAUGGAUCACUCUAUAAGCUCAUUGAUCCUGCAAGGAGAGCUCCACCAGGGAAGUGCAAAUACAAGCCUGUUCCAGUGAAAACAAAGAGCAAGUGGAUAUCAUUUGUUCCAUGUGCAAAGACUGUCCUUGAGCUGCUAAAUGAACCUUCAACAACCAAGCCUCCAAAAAAAUCUUCUACUCUCACUGCAGCCACCCCAAGAGUAUCUUCUAAGAAAAUUAAAAGGACCCCAUCCACCAAAAUAAAAGCAUCAACAGUGAAAGCAGCUCCAUCUGGUAAAAGGGAGACAGACAGUCAAAGUUGAGGCCAAACCUCACAAGGAAAGAAAGUUGCACACAACUCCAGAACUGCACCAGCACCACCUUUGCCAAGAAAGAAGAGCUCCCACUUAGCCAGAACUAAGGAGGUUCUUCCAAAGAAAGCAGCACCAGUUAAGGGAAAACUGGAGAACAGGAGGAAGAAGGAGCUUUUGAAGCUCAGUGAUGUCCCAGAAAAAAAAAAAAAUCAUGUAUAAGACAGUGAAACUAUUGAGUAGUGAUGAAAUAAAAGAGAAUUUGGCUGACUUGU